GUGUAGGGGGGGCGAGUCUAUAUAAGGCGGCGUCUAAGCGCUUCUAAGCUCAGACGCGCUGAGGAGCGCGGAGGGAGAGGACAGGAGGGAGGGGAGAAGCGGCCGGACGUGGUCGCGGGCGCGCGAGGGAGGCGGCGGAGGCGACGCCGGCGGGAGGCGGCUGUUGCUCAGCGUGUGGCCAGCCUGCUGUCGCGGUCGGUGUCGAGUUUGGUGGCCGGCCGGCAGAGCUCCGCCAGGGCGCCGGGUCUCGGUUUAAGAGCGGUGGCGUGGGGGAGGGGCGGCUGCCGCUGCUUCCUGCCUGGUGACUGACUGAGGCGGAGCGGCGCCUGCGUCACGUGAUCCCAAAAGAGUGCGAGCCAGAGAGAGGAGGGAAGAUGCACGGGGGAGCGCCCUCCGGGGACAGCGCGUGCCCGCUGCGCACCAUCAAGCGCGUGCAGUUCGGGGUCCUCAGCCCCGAUGAGAUGAAACGGAUGUCAGUGACGGAAGGUGGGAUCAAAUAUCCUGAGACAACAGAAGGGGGUCGCCCCAAGCUGGGAGGCUUAAUGGACCCUCGACAGGGAGUCAUUGAACGGACGGGGCGAUGCCAGACGUGUGCUGGUAACAUGACAGAGUGUCCUGGCCAUUUUGGACACAUUGAGCUGGCCAAGCCGGUCUUCCAUGUUGGUUUCUUGGGCAAGACAAUGAAGGUUCUCCGCUGCGUUUGCUUUUUCUGCUCCAAGCUGUUGGUUGACUCUAACAACCCCAAAAUUAAAGACAUUCUGACAAAAUCCAAAGGGCAGCCCAAGAAGCGCUUGACCCAUGUUUACGACCUCUGCAAAGGCAAGAACAUCUGCGAAGGGGGAGAGGAGAUGGACAACAAAUUCGGAGUGGAGCAGACAGAGGGUGAUGAAGACAUCUCAAAGGAGAAGGGUCACGGUGGCUGUGGUCGCUACCAACCAAGGAUCCGGCGCUCAGGCCUAGAGCUGUACGCUGAGUGGAAGCACGUUAAUGAGGACUCCCAGGAGAAGAAGAUCCUGUUGAGCCCAGAGCGGGUGCAUGAGAUCUUCAAACGGAUCUCGGACGAGGAGUGCUUCAUCCUGGGCAUGGACCCCAAAUACGCCCGGCCUGAGUGGAUGAUCUGCACCGUGCUCCCCGUUCCACCGCUCUCAGUCCGGCCUGCUGUUGUCAUGCAAGGCUCUGCCAGGAAUCAGGAUGACUUGACUCACAAACUGGCUGACAUUGUGAAAAUUAACAACCAGCUGCGGAGGAAUGAGCAGAACGGGGCGGCCGCUCACGUCAUCGCCGAAGAUGUCAAGCUGCUGCAGUUCCAUGUGGCCACCAUGGUGGACAACGAGCUGCCUGGACUGCCCAGGGCGAUGCAGAAAUCUGGAAGGCCUCUUAAAUCCCUGAAGCAGAGGCUGAAGGGGAAGGAGGGACGCGUGCGAGGGAACCUGAUGGGGAAGCGAGUGGACUUCUCUGCCCGGACAGUCAUUACGCCGGAUCCUAACCUCUCCAUCGACCAGGUGGGCGUGCCCCGCUCCAUUGCUGCCAACAUGACCUUCGCAGAGAUCGUGACGCCCUUCAACAACGACAGGCUGCAGGAGUUGGUGCGCAGAGGGAACAGCCAGUAUCCCGGAGCUAAGUACAUUAUCCGGGACAAUGGCGACAGGAUUGACCUGCGUUUUCACCCCAAGCCCAGCGACCUCCACCUGCAGAUCGGGUACAAGGUAGAACGGCACAUGUGCGAUGGCGACAUUGUCAUUUUCAAUCGGCAACCGACACUGCACAAGAUGUCCAUGAUGGGGCACAGGGUCCGCAUCCUGCCGUGGUCCACCUUCCGCCUCAAUCUCAGUGUGACCACCCCUUACAAUGCAGACUUCGAUGGCGACGAGAUGAACCUGCAUCUCCCUCAGUCCCUGGAGACGCGAGCCGAGAUCCAGGAGCUGGCCAUGGUGCCCCGCAUGAUCGUCACGCCACAGUCCAACAGGCCCGUCAUGGGCAUCGUGCAGGAUACUCUGACGGCUGUCCGCAAGUUCACCAAGAGAGACGUCUUCCUAGAGAGGGGCGAGGUGAUGAACCUGCUGAUGUUCCUCUCCACCUGGGAUGGCAAAGUGCCCCAGCCGGCCAUCCUCAAGCCUCGCCCGCUCUGGACCGGGAAACAGAUUUUCUCCCUGAUCAUCCCUGGUCACAUCAACUGCAUCCGGACGCACAGCACCCACCCGGAUGAUGAAGACAGCGGCCCUUACAAGCACAUCUCCCCCGGAGACACCAAGGUCAUUGUGGAGAACGGGGAGCUCAUCAUGGGCAUCCUGUGUAAGAAGUCCCUGGGCACCUCAGCCGGCUCGCUGGUCCACAUCUCCUACCUGGAGAUGGGCCAUGACGUCACCCGCCUCUUCUACAGCAACAUCCAGACAGUCAUCAACAAUUGGCUGCUGAUUGAAGGUCACACCAUCGGCAUUGGGGACUCCAUUGCAGAUGCCAAGACCUACCAGGACAUCCAGAACACCAUCAAGAAGGCCAAGCAGGAUGUGAUAGAAGUCAUUGAGAAGGCCCACAACAAUGAGCUGGAGCCCACCCCAGGGAACACGCUGAGGCAGACCUUUGAGAACCAGGUCAACCGGAUCCUGAACGAUGCUCGAGACAAGACCGGCUCUUCUGCCCAGAAGUCCCUUUCCGAGUACAACAACUUCAAGUCCAUGGUGGUGUCGGGCGCCAAGGGCUCCAAAAUCAACAUCUCCCAGGUCAUUGCUGUGGUGGGCCAGCAGAACGUGGAAGGGAAGCGCAUCCCUUUUGGCUUCAAGCACCGGACGCUGCCGCACUUCAUCAAGGACGACUAUGGGCCGGAGAGCAGGGGCUUCGUGGAGAACUCGUACCUGGCUGGCCUCACCCCGACAGAGUUCUUCUUCCACGCCAUGGGAGGCAGAGAAGGGUUGAUUGACACAGCUGUCAAGACAGCUGAAACUGGUUACAUCCAGCGUCGGCUGAUCAAGUCAAUGGAGUCGGUGAUGGUGAAGUAUGACGCCACGGUGCGCAACUCCAUCAACCAGGUGGUGCAGUUACGCUACGGUGAGGAUGGGCUGGCAGGGGAGAGCGUGGAGUUCCAGAACCUGGCCACACUCAAGCCCUCCAACAAGGCCUUUGAGAAGAAGUUCAAGUUUGACUACACCAACGAGCGAGCUCUGCGGCGCACCCUGCAGGAGGAGAUGGUGAAGGACAUCCUCAGCAAUGCACACAUCCAGAACGAACUGGAGAGGGAGUUUGAGAAGAUGAAGGAGGACCGGGAGGUGCUAAGGGUCAUCUUCCCCACAGGGGACAGCAAGGUGGUUCUGCCCUGCAACCUGCAGCGUAUGAUCUGGAAUGCCCAGAAAAUCUUCCACAUCAACACGCGCCUGCCCUCUGACCUGCACCCCAUCAAAGUGGUGGAGGGAGUGAAGGAGCUAAGCAAGAAGCUGGUGAUUGUGAAUGGAGACGACCCGCUAAGCAAGCAGGCGCAGGAAAACGCCACGCUGCUCUUCAACAUCCACCUGCGCUCCACACUCUGCAGCCGGCGCAUGAUUGAGGAGUUCCGCUUGAGCGGGGAGGCCUUCGACUGGCUGCUGGGAGAAAUUGAGUCCAAAUUCAACCAGGCCAUUGCUCACCCCGGCGAGAUGGUGGGGGCGCUGGCUGCCCAGUCCUUGGGCGAGCCUGCCACACAGAUGACCCUGAACACCUUCCACUACGCCGGGGUCUCGGCCAAGAACGUGACGCUGGGAGUGCCUCGACUCAAGGAGUUGAUCAACAUCUCCAAGAAGCCCAAGACCCCCUCGCUGACGGUCUUCUUGCUGGGGCAGUCUGCCCGCGAUGCUGAGAGAGCCAAGGACAUCCUGUGCCGCCUGGAGCACACCACCCUUCGCAAGGUGACGGCCAACACGGCCAUCUACUACGACCCCAACCCGCAGAACACGGUGGUGGCCGAGGACCAAGAGUGGGUGAACGUGUACUAUGAGAUGCCGGACUUUGACGUGACCCGGAUCUCGCCCUGGCUCCUGCGGGUGGAGCUGGACCGCAAGCACAUGACGGACCGCAAGCUCACCAUGGAGCAGAUCGCGGAGAAGAUCAAUGCUGGCUUUGGGGAUGACCUCAACUGCAUUUUCAAUGAUGACAAUGCUGAGAAGCUGGUGCUGCGGAUCCGCAUCAUGAACAGCGACGAGAACAAGAUGCAGGAGGAGGAAGAGGUGGUAGAUAAGAUGGAUGACGAUGUCUUCCUGCGCUGCAUUGAGUCCAACAUGCUGACCGACAUGACUCUCCAAGGCAUUGAGCAGAUCAGCAAGGUAUACAUGCACCUGCCCCAGACGGACAACAAGAAGAAAAUCAUUAUCACGGAGGAUGGGGAGUUCAAGGCCCUGCAGGAGUGGAUCUUGGAGACUGACGGCGUGAGCCUCAUGAGGGUGCUGAGCGAGAAGGAUGUGGACCCCGUGCGCACCACCUCCAAUGACAUUGUGGAGAUCUUCACGGUGCUGGGCAUCGAGGCGGUGAGGAAGGCCCUGGAGAGGGAGCUGUACCACGUCAUCUCCUUUGACGGCUCUUACGUCAACUACCGCCAUCUGGCGCUGCUCUGCGACACCAUGACCUGCCGUGGGCAUUUGAUGGCCAUCACCAGGCAUGGCGUCAACCGGCAGGACACGGGGCCGCUCAUGAAGUGCUCCUUUGAGGAGACGGUUGAUGUGUUGAUGGAAGCAGCUGCUCACGGGGAAAGCGACCCCAUGAAGGGCGUCUCAGAGAACAUCAUGCUGGGCCAGCUGGCCCCAGCAGGCACUGGUUGCUUUGACCUCCUGUUGGAUGCCGAGAAGUGCAAAUACGGCAUGGAGAUCCCCACCAACAUCCCGGGCUUGGGCGUGGGCGGGCCGACCGGCAUGUUCUUUGGCUCUGCUCCCAGCCCUAUGGGGGGAAUGUCUCCCGCCAUGACCCCAUGGAACCAAGGUGCCACACCAGCAUACGGAGCAUGGUCGCCCAGUGUUGGAAGUGGAAUGACUCCGGGGGCAGCUGGCUUUUCUCCCAGCGCCGCCUCAGAUGCCAGCGGUUUUAGUCCAGGCUAUUCUCCAGCCUGGUCACCCACCCCAGGCUCUCCUGGGUCUCCAGGACCUUCCAGCCCAUAUAUCCCAUCACCAGGUGGAGCCAUGUCUCCCAGCUAUUCCCCAACUUCUCCGGCCUACGAACCCCGCUCCCCUGGAGGGUACACACCACAAAGCCCCAGCUACAGCCCAACAUCGCCUUCGUACAGCCCAACGUCACCCUCGUACUCACCUACCAGCCCGAACUACAGCCCCACCAGCCCCAGCUACAGCCCAACAUCACCCAGCUAUUCUCCAACCAGCCCCAGCUACAGCCCCACAUCACCCAGCUACAGCCCCACCAGCCCCAGCUAUAGCCCCACGUCGCCAAGUUAUUCUCCUACUAGCCCCAGUUACAGCCCGACCUCGCCCAGCUACAGCCCCACCAGUCCUAGCUACAGCCCGACCUCACCCAGUUACAGCCCCACCAGUCCUAGCUACAGCCCAACAUCACCUAGCUACAGCCCCACCAGCCCUAGCUACAGUCCAACCUCACCCAGCUACAGCCCCACCAGCCCUAGUUACAGCCCCACCAGCCCCAACUACAGCCCAACAUCUCCCAAUUAUACCCCAACUUCUCCCAGCUACAGCCCAACUUCCCCUAGCUAUAGCCCAACAUCACCUAACUAUACACCAACUUCUCCAAACUACAGCCCAACUUCGCCUAGCUAUUCUCCUACCAGUCCCUCCUACAGCCCCACCUCACCCAGCUACUCUCCCUCCAGUCCGCGCUACACCCCACAGUCGCCCACUUACACCCCCUCAUCGCCUAGUUACAGCCCCAGCUCCCCCAGCUACAGCCCAACCAGCCCCAAGUACACCCCAACCAGCCCAUCCUACAGCCCCAGCUCACCAGAAUACACCCCAACGUCACCCAAGUACAGCCCAACCAGCCCCAAGUACAGCCCGACUUCGCCGAAGUACAGCCCGACUUCGCCCACCUACAGCCCCACCACACCAAAGUACAGCCCAACCAGCCCUACCUACUCGCCAACGUCUCCUGUCUACACGCCGACCUCACCAAAGUACAGCCCCACAAGUCCAACUUACUCGCCGACAUCCCCCAAGUACAGCCCAACAUCGCCUACCUAUUCGCCAACCUCCCCAAAAGGCUCCACAUACUCCCCAACUUCCCCUGGCUACAGCCCCACUUCGCCAACCUACAGCCUCACCAGCCCAGCUAUCAGUCCAGAUGACAGUGAUGAAGAAAACUGAAAGCAACGGGCGCCCAUUACCAUGGAGAUCAGUUGGGGUGUGAUCUCCUGGUGAUGUGCUUUUGUAAUUUGGUUAAAUGUUUGAACCCCUUGGGAGACAGAAAUAAAAUCUCCAGCAGUUUCUGUCGCUUUCCUAGUUGCAGGGAAAUCCAAGGAGCUCUUUGGGUGCAGAAAGGAAUCUUGUGAUUUUGUGAUUCCGAUACCUGUCUCCCCUUCCCUUUACGCCUCCCCCACAACAGAGACGGUUUUGAUCUCUGCUGUCAGCCACCUUUGGCGUUUUUAUCUUUCAAAAAAUCUCUUGUAAAUAAUCUCAUAGACUACCUAGUGAAACCAUAAAUGCGUACCAUACCCUAUGGGGUAAUCUCCCUUUCAGGGUGAAGGGGGUGGGAUAUGCAGACCCCAACAACCACUUCAGCAAGAUGGAGCCAAAUUUCAGAUCUCAACUGUGUCAGAGAGAAGAAUCUGGCACUUCAAAGCAUUGAUGGCUUUGGGUGCCCCUGUUUGCUCUGACGAUCUUCUGGCUUCAAGGAUCUUGUGCUUCUCUACUUGUCUGUCGGGAAUUAUUUAUGUUGAAAACUUUAGGAAGUUUCUUGACUUAGGUGCAUUAUGUGUUCUAUUAUUAUUAUUUUGGUCUGAGAAUAAAAGCUCUCAAGAAAAGCUGUUUUUAACUCUUAAAAAAAACUUUUGUCAAAUCAGCCAUUUCUGCCCUGCAUUGCAUGUUUAACAGUUCAAAAUUGUUCCCUGGUUCUGCUUGUCUCCCUGCCAAGGGGGCUCCUUGGAUGCUACUUUCAGUUCCACUUGGCUUUGAGGAAGAAAAGGCUCUUGGAGAAGUAUCGUGACUGUUGUGCAAGACACACGGGGGCAGUGGAGAGGGCCAGAACCAUGACAAGGAUGUCAGUUUAUGCGGUGUUUGAAAUUCUUGCUUUUCUGUGAGCUCUAAGCUGUACCUUUCUGGAGAGAAAAUAAUAAUUAAAAAAACCUUUUACUAACUUCCA